AUGGCCUUGGCUCAGCCAAGUUGGUUGCCCUCAUGCUUUUCGGGGCCCUGCAUGUGGGUAGUGAGCGUGGCCGACUUUCUCAACAUGAGAUUGGAAAAAACUCCUUGCCAUGAGGAACUGCUCUCGAAAGGACUUCUGGUACGCUGGCAGGCAGGUUUCUUUUGUAUUUUCGUGUCGCACCAAUGGCUGGGCAUCAAGCAUCCCGAUCCGAACUUUGAACAACUGCCUAUGCUUCAGCAAGCCUUGCGGCAUCUUCUAGCAGGCAGUGACCUCGGGGUUGACCUGACAGCAGAGUUCUUCGGCAAGCGUGCGCGCUUGAGCGACAAACACCGGGCGAGCAUCAAGGAUGGCUACAUUUGGAUGGACUGGUUCAGCAUCCCGCAGCACAUUCCAGAGGCACAACAUCCUCAAGGAACCGCUACUUUUGAAGACCUGCCCAUGUGGAAAGCCAUGUCUAGUCUUGCGACGCAGGAUGAGUAUAUUCGUUUGAUUCCAAAGUAUGUGGAGGUGUCCGACCUGUUUGUGGUGCUUGCACCACCCUGCCGACACGAUGAUGGAACACUCUGCGGCUUCCGGAGCUGGUCCGAAAGAGGUUGGUGUCGAUUGGAGCUUUGGUGCCAGAUGAUGUCCGAAAAUGUGAAGUUGCCGCCAGUACUAGUAUCCGGCUCUGACCAGAUAAACUUUGCUAUGCAAAUCCACUGGCUUGAUCAUCCACCGCAUGAGGGGCAAUUUACGAUUGAGGCAGAUCGCCAUUCGGUGAACAAAGUGACUCGGGGAGCUCUGGUUCGAAAAAUGAUAUCCUUGAAAGCAUCCAAGAAGUGGGCUGCCUACCGCUACUUUGUUGCCAGGUACGAGACACUUCUUGGCCUCGAGCUCCGACAACGCACCCGGGAAGAGUUUAUGGCUGACUUCAAGUUUAGCUCGCUGCAUUCCAAAUGUCGCUGCAUGUCUCCAAUAGUUUGCGCGGCGCUAUCUGGAGAUGCUGAGAUGAUUCGAGUGCUUUGCAGUGAGGGGCUGGAUGUGAAUAGGUUUGAUAGCUCCAUCCCGGAAGUGAAUAUUUUUCAACCUAUGUCGCCCGUGAUGUUUGCUGCGAUGCUUGCCUGGCGCAAUGAAGAGACUAUUGUUGCACUCUUGCAGCAGAAAGCAGACAUCAGGGCCACCACCUUUUUUGGUACUCCCAUGCUGGGAUAUUGCAAGACGGCACGAACUGUCGAGCUGUUGAUCCAAUACCGGGCAGAUGUGAAUCAGCAGGAGAGGUUGGCCUGCAUUCCGCCUCUCUCUGCGGCUUGUGAAAAUGCCGCGCCUAGAUCUGUCCUGCUUAGCCUUCUGAAGCACAGGGCCUGCGUGAAUCCGAUCAAGAGCGGGGUGGCCAGCGUGCACCCAUUGGCAUGUCUGGCCAUGCGCCCGGCCAACUCCAAUAACUUGGAGCUGGCCAAGCUGCUACUGGACGCCAGAGCGGAUGCGAACAUGCAGUACCGCGCCUCUGGCAUUUGGCGUGCCGCAGAAUUGCUGUGCCUUGCUCGGGUGAAGAUAUUCGGGCCCAUGACUCCGAGGAUCACCAACUUCAUCCUUGAGUGGUCCACCACCCCUUUGGGCGUUGCUUGCUUUUUUGGGUUCGAUGAGAUGGUGAAAUUGCUUCUGGAUGCAGAAGCGGACCCUGAGAUACCCAAUGACCGCGGACAUACCCCGCUUCAGCUUGCUGAGUCGACAUCGGUCCUGAACAUCGUUCGACACCACCAGACCACGUUUGCAGUUUGA